AUGAAGGUCACCGUUUCCAUCGCCCUUUUCCUCGCCGCUCUGGCCCAAGCUGCCGAGAUGGCUCCUCAAGACGCUCAGGCUGCCCAGGUUAUUCAGGCUCCUCAGGGGGCCGGCCGGAUGGCCGAGGGCGAUUUCAAGAUCCCCGACAAUAUCAAGGCGCUCGGCAAGGACCUCGCCCGCUUCGGCGGCUGCUUCCUCCAGCGCUUCUGGAACGACGCCAAGCACAUCAAUUGCGGCCAGUGCAAGAAGGGCGGCGACUACCACGAGAGCAACCUUGUCUCGUGCAUCUGCAACAACCAGGACAAGGUCAGCCACAAGAUCCGCCGCAGCUUCAACGUCUGCGUCGAUCAAAAGGCUCCCUUCAGCAAGAUCAUCAAGGAGGUCGGAGCCGACGUCGGUGGCCUAGGAAUCAGCGCUCUCUGCGGCGCCUACCACGGCGGCCAGCACCACGGCUCCCACGGCGAGCAUCACCACCCUGCGCCUCGCCCCGAGCCCUUUGGCCCUGAGUACCACGGUUAA